UUCUCAUAGCAUGACAUAUAGCGCUGUUGUUGACGUUUUUAGCAAUAUUCUUAGUUUUUUCUUUUUAUUUUAUUUUCCCGCGUCUAUUUUGCCCUCUGAUGUCCAUAAGAAAUGGAGAUAAUCAAGAAAAAGAGGAGAAUUACAGUGAUAUCGGAGAGGUGGUUGAUAAAACUAUCAUUUCUGACGGAUACAAAGAUAUCUCGUCACAAAUCGCUUUCCGUGGCUUCGAGAAGUUACCCAGAGUCGUUGUGGCGCGCUACGACAUAACUCCUUACCUACAAAAGGCAAAUCCCGAAGAAUCUGGCAAGAAACCUCGUUUGAAACGGAAGCUCAGGGGUCCAAUCUCAAAACACCGGUUUUUGGACAAUUGUUCUAUACAACUAGUGAGAGAGGACCUCAAUAAGCUAAAGGAAGAACUUGAUAAGAGUCGGACCGUAGAUUCAGGUUCUGACAGCGAACUAGACUCGACAAUGUUGACUAUGAGGUGUAAAAUUUGUGAUAAAGGAUACUCGAAUAAACGGAAGCUUUUGAAACACCAGGAAAAUAAACACAUGGUCAUUUGUAAGCCACAAAAACGAGUUUCCUUCUCAGACAAAGUAACAGUCCAUGAAGUCAAAGAAUACCAUAAAUGCAGGAAGUGUCCGAAGAUCUUUGAAGCGUACCAGCUACUUCGGUCACACAUGAAACUGCAUCACAAGAAGCGUAAAUCCUAUAUCUGCAACUAUUGCAGUAAGAACUUUGUUGACCGCACAUUCUUCAAAGUUCAUAUCAGACUGCACUGCGAUGUUUGCGGAGAAUUUUUACCGAAUAAGCUGAGAUAUAAUGAUCAUAGACGGAACGUGUGCAGAGUUUUGAAACGCCACACUUGUAAGAUUUGUGACGAUAUUUACUUUAGAUUCAUGGAUUUGAAAGAUCACAGUUACGAUCAUUCCACAAUUAGCUAUGUGUGUGAUGUCUGCAAGGAUCAAUGCACCAGUAAAUGUGCACUAGCACAUCAUAUUGCAUUCCUACACUCAAAUGACAGACCUACCUGCCUAUACGCUAUGCGUAACUUGGGUAACGAGAGACUCUACUUAUGUAACUUCUGCGAAGAAAGCUCCGUUGAACGAGAUGCUUUAGAACUUCACGUACAAUUGUUACCGGACUUAACAAAUAAAGCUAUGACUGGCUAUAAAGACUAUUACUUCUGUGACCAAUGCUUUAAAAAGUUUGACACGGAAUCAGAUAUGUUACAACACAAAUGGACACAUUUUCUAAUCACAAGUGAUAAUUCACAAGAACGGAAAAAAGUGAAGAAAGAUUUGAAAAUGACGUACAAAUGUGAUGAACCGCUCCCACUCUUUUUGCAACCGAAACUAGUUUUGGAGAAGAUUAAAGUUGGGGGUAAAGUUCUUAAGGACACCGUUGCAUUCGUUGAUGUGAAAAAGUUUGAUAUUCAUAACGGAAAUAUUAAGAAGGCCAUCGUUGAUCCGAAGAGCAAAAAGACUAUUAUUUCCAAGUACCAGUGUCAGACCUGCUACAAAUACUACUCAUCAAACCAUAGCCUGAACCGUCAUAUUGAAACACAACACUCAAACUAUGAAACACUACAAUGUAAAGUCUGCGAAGAAACCUUCGUCUGGCCAUCACUGCUCCGUUCACACAAAUGUAUACGUCUCAACCACCCAGAAAUGCCGUUCCAGGACGCUAGACCAGAAAUCCAUUUUGAUAAUUUACACGAAAUCACUCAAAAUGGAUUCGAUGACCUAAAUAUAGAGGAAAAUGAAGAUUAUAUGCAGUCCGUGGACUUUGAAAUUCCUGCCCCAAUUGUGGAGUUAACGGAAUAUGGUUCACUGAAUCCGGUCGUUGAAAAGUUUGCUCCGUUGCAAAAUCUUGGCUACACGCUUGUUAUGCAAGAGGUGCCUAUUGAGUUUUAAAUGUGUAUAUAUAAAAUAGUGCGUCUUGUGAUCUGUUUUGUCAAGACCCUGGACUAAGAUAAGGUAAAGCAUUUAAUAUUUUUCAAUCAGUCGAAUAGUCAUGUUUAGUCGUGCAUAGUUUGAUUCUAUCUGACAAGUUUAAGACUCAUUUUAGAUAACCAAUAAGUUUGAUUACUGCAUUUUGUCUCUUUCAGUACAGUUUGAACCGAAAUUUUAUUGUCCGGUUAUUUUAAUCGGACGAUCAAUGUUAACGGUACAAUCAAAAAUUAUGUCUUGUCUAUCAACAUUUUAGUAAAGUUAUUUGUUUGUUGAGAAAAACUUACCAGUAACUAAUUUAUUCGAAAGUGCAUGGUAUUAAGUACAAUUACAAUUUUAAGCCGCAGAAAUAAUGCAUAUACUGUUUUUAUUUUAUUUUUUUAUUUAGUACACAUUUUUUUUUUUUUUAAAAUGGUUGCCAAAAUGCCAACUCUAGGCAAGCACCUCCUUGGUGCCUUUAAUUUUUUUGGCGCUGUCGCCACUUUACGAGCGCGCGGCGUCCCUCUCUUUGCUUAAGGAAUAAAGCUAAUUAUACAAUAGGGCACAAAUAUCCUGGGACGUUGAAUGAAAUUGCUGGACUUUGGUCGAUAUGUCUACCAACAUCAACGUGUCGCAGGAUAAUUGUUCCUUAGUACCUAUAUCCAUGUCACACAUGACAAUUUGGCUUAACACCUCUGGUCUCCUCCAAUGGCAUCCAUUAGGCUCUGUAUAUAGCCUUAAUCUUAUCCAAUAAGUUUCAAAGACUAUU